UUCAGAUAGAAUGUUGGGUACAAGUCAGAAUAUAAAGCGAAGUUUGGGUCGUCUAGCGAGCUCACAGCUUCACAGACAAGCAGGACGGGUCUCUGUCGUCUCAUUCAACCUCAGAGAGAAGUCAACUGUCGCAACUGGUUUUUCAAAACAGGUUCCACUUCUCCGUACCUCAGAGAUGAGAGUAAAUGUUAGAGGGUUUGCUGAUUAUCCUUCACACAUCAAGGUUGCGCUGCCAGCACUCUCACCAACCAUGGAGAUGGGAACUAUCGUCAGCUGGGAGAAGAAGGUUGGAGAUCAGGUCAGCGAGGGAGAUCUUCUUUGUGAGAUAGAGACGGAUAAGGCAACUAUGGGGUUCGAGACUCCUGAGGAAGGAUAUCUCGCCAAGAUUUUCCUGCCUGGAGGAAGCAAGGAUAUACCUAUUGGUAAACUCUUGUGUAUUAUCGUCGAAAAAGCUGAGGAUGUUGCACAAUUUGCGGAUUUUCUUGAUGACGGAUCCAACGCUUUGACACCCAAAGCUGCUCCCAAGGCUACUGCUCCAGCACCUUCUGCUCCCGCUCCAACUCCAGUUAUUGCUGCUCCCGCUCCGAUAGCCGCAGCUAAACCUGCUCCUGUUAUCAAUUCUCCCGUUAAGCCUCCCUCCGGAAACAGAAUAUUUGCUAGUCCUGCAGCUAAGAGGGUUGCGGCGGAGAAAGGAAUUGAUCUCUCUUUGAUAAAAUCAGGUUCAGGAAUGGAUGGAAUGAUCACAUCAAGAGAUGUUGAGAGCUUCAAAGCCCCUGCAGCCGCUGCUACUGCCUUUCCUUCAGGGUUUCCCCUGGGGGAUAUGUUCUAUUCAGACGCAGACACAUCAAGCAUGCGUAAAGUCAUUGCCAAAAGAUUGCAACAGUCAAAACAGGAAAUUCCGCACUAUUAUCUCACAGUUGAGUGCAACAUGGAUUCUACGAUGAAACUACGCCAGGAAAUAAACAAAACCUAUGAGAAGGAAGGAAUUAAGUUAUCUGUAAAUGAUUUUAUUAUUAAAGCAACAGGUCUAGCCUGCAAAAGAGUUCCUCAGUGCAACAGUGCCUGGAUGGACACUUUUAUCAGGGAGUUCCACAGCUGUGAUGUCAGUGUAGCGGUGGAUACAGGAAAGGGGCUCAUCACCCCCAUAGUAACUAAUGUUGAGAGCAAGGGUUUGGCCGAAAUAUCCGAGACUGUAAAAGAAUUGGCGGGCAGAGCAAAGGCGGGUAAACUUCAGCCUCAUGAGUUCCAGGGCGGUACUAUCACUGUAUCAAACCUUGGCAUGUUCGGCAUCAACCAAUUUACCGCCAUAAUCAACCCGCCGCAGGCCUGCAUCCUUGCCAUUGGUGGAACAGAGAAGAAGGUUGUUGUUAAAGGCGGCGAACCCGCCGUUUCUGAUGUCAUGAGAGUAACAAUGUCUUGUGACCAUAGAGUAGUUGACGGGGCAGUUGGCGCGCAGUGGCUUCAGCACUUCAAGAAGUUUCUGGAAAAUCCGCAAUCAAUGUUGUUGUAAAUCUAGUCUUUUAAAUAUAUCCUGGUGAUUACUAGUUCGGGAACCACCAAGUUCACAAUUCCAGCUUGUCCUCGAUACAUGAAAACAAAUAAAAUUUAUUUCGCUGUAAAACACUUCUAAAUAAUUUUUUUCAAGCCACACUUUGAUGUUUAUUAGACUUUUUAAAAUUGAAAAGUUAUGAUUAUUUUUUUUAACUUUUUUGCUUAGUGAGCACAUUGAAUGUAUAAUGUAGAUAAAUUGUUUUAAAAUAAAUAACUCUAAUGAGAA